GCACCUUCUAAUUUCAUUACGUUUCAUUUUCUUUCUCCCAGAAACAGGCAAUUAUUAAUUGAAUAACUAAUUGCGCGGUUAAUUAUACAUUGAUAAAGAUACGUGGGAUCGAUCCAGUGCAAUGGCUCCUAAAGAUAAGGAGACUGUGGUGGUGGCGGCGGCAGCAUUCCCGGCGGCGGACAAGACCGGUAGCGGAGUGCACAAUGAGCACGUACAUUACAGAGGCGUGAGAAAGAGGCCGUGGGGGAGGUACGCGGCGGAGAUCAGAGAUCCCGGGAAGAAGAGCCGCGUUUGGCUCGGGACCUUUGACACGGCUGAGGAGGCGGCCCGGGCCUAUGACAAUGCCGCCAGGGAGUUUCGCGGUGCCAAGGCGAAAACGAAUUUCCCGAUGGCGGGGGAGCGGAUUCCUCUCGAUUUCUGCGCCCAAUUUGGCAUCAACAAAACUGAUGUGGAAAAGAACGGCGGCGGGAAUAGCAACCGCAGUGCCAGUCAGUGCAGCACCGUUGAAUCCUCCAGCCGCGACGGCGGGCGUCCCUCUCGGGUCGCUUUGGUCGAUUCAUCUCUAUUGGAUCUCAGCGUCGGCGGAUCUGUGGGCCGAUACGCCGCGGCCGUUCUGCCGUAUCAGAACCGGGUCGCCCCGGUCGUCGUAAGUGGGCACCCGACAGCUGCGCCGCCGGCGCAUCACAUGCUUUGUUUCAACGCGGCCGCGCGCGGCGGGUCCAUAAAUCCGAAUGUUCACAACGGCGCUGCUGCGCAGAGCGAGUCUGACUCUUCCUCGGUGGUCGACGUGAACCGUGAUUUGAGACCUAAGAAAGCCUCCCUCCUAGACCUCGAUCUCAACCUCCCACCGCCGGAGAUCAUGUGAUCUGGUUGGCCGCCGGUUCACGAGUAAACCGCUUCACGAUCAUCCAGUAAUUGUGAAUACCAAGAGGCUGAUCUCCUCCAUUUGAUACAACGACUCGAAUUUCCAUGUGAAGUUUACUCUGCCCCCUUCCUUGAGGCUGACUUUUCUUCUUUUCGUUUCUUUGGGAUUCACAUAAUCACAUGUGAAAUGUGGUCUCUUAUUCAUAUACUACACACAUUUUUUAUAUGGAAAAAGUUCUAGAUUUUGUACCCUCUAUUAUUUGUGUUUCUUUUUGCAAAGAUUUGUGUUGUUAUUCUACUCAUUCACAAAUAAGAUCAUGCGACUAAUACCCCUGUUUGUUUAU